AUGUUAAUAAGAUAUCUGGUAUUAGUAUUAACCAUACUUAAAUUGGUCAAUUUAUAAGAGAUACAAUCACAAAUCUGUGAAUAGUGCUCAAUUCAACCCUGUGGUUGCGAAUUAUUCAAGUGCUCUCAAGGACCAAUUUAUCCAGAAAAUGUUGAAGAUUUAUCAAGGGGAUUCUCUGGUUGCUAAUCUUAGACAGAGCCUUUUGUUAAUGCUGUGAUCAUUCAAAAAAUUUAAGGAACAUGUCUAUGUCCAUAUGUCAAUGUCGAUAAAAACUGCAAGCCUUUAGAUAAGAGUAUAAAGAUAGGCACAGGAUUCCAAUAGCUUAAAGUAAUGAAAAUGGGGACUGAUAUCUUAGAGAAGAUUAAACCAUUUUUAGGGCACAAAGAAGAUUCUAUAAAAUUUAUUUAAGAGUCAGAAUCUUUGGAACUGUUAUUUAAUGAAAUUUAGGCAUUAGACCUAGCAUAUAUGUCAACUGAAGUAAGUAAUUUGGGUAUAUACUAUGAUAAUAAUACUUUUGCCUCUCCAUCAAUAUAUGGUAGCCCAAAUCCCUAAAAACCGAUGUUUGAGGAACUAACUCGAGGCAUUCGUACAUUAUUUUACUCAUUCCAACGAUAAUAUGGUCAUCCUGAAAACUAUCAAAAACUUUGGAAUUACGCUUUAGGAGCGAAUUAUUCUUAAAUAAUGAGAGAACUUGAAAGAGAAUCAGUUUAUUCAAAUAGAAAGCAUAUUGAAGCUUAAAUACUAAAAUACUGUUUAGAAAAAUGCAGCGAAUCUUAUGCUGCAAAUAUUAUGUUUGUGAUUGAUGGAUCUGGUAGUAUUGAUAUUCAAAAUUAUAAUAUUCAAAAGGAAUUCAUGGUUAACCUUCUAGAAACUAUGAAGAUAGAAAAAAAUCAGCAAGAGGUAGCAUUGAUUCUUUUUUCUAGCAAAGUUGAAUUACAAUCUGAUUUCUCAACGAACAAAACAAAUUUGACAAAUACCAUUCGAACAAUGCAUCAUCCCUAAAAUUAAACAUUUACCGAUCUAGCUCUAACUGAAUCAGCUAAGAUUUUUAAAAGAUAGAUUGAAUUACGACCAAACAUUAUAAACCUUCUAUUUAUUUUGACAGAUGGAUAACCAACAACAACAGUAAAAGAUUAAACCAUUAAAAAUUUAAAAAGCUUGAAUGUUUCAACAUAUGCUAUUGGAAUAGGUUCUUAAAUUAAUAAUGAAAAUCUUGCUUAACUUUCAGGAGAAAAUGCAUCUGAUUAUUCAAAAGUUUAUUAUGUUUCCUAGUUUGAUUAACUAAAGCUGUUGCUAAACUCAAUCCAUUAGACAGCUUGUUCAACUCCUACAGAAAUAGACAUCUAGACUAAAAAUCAUUCAAAUAUUGUAUUAGAUGAUACAGGAGCUUAAUACUUUGUUCUACUCUAAAAAUAUGUUUACCUUAGAAUCGAUCUUAGCAAAUAUAUUUUACAAAAUGAUACCACUGAUGGUAAAAAAGAUAAAAAUACUAAAAGCUUUACUCAAAAUGAAAUUGAAAUGUAUUAUUCAUUUACAGAAGAGUUACCUAACCAAUUCGUGCAUGAUGGAAAAGCAUACUUUGCUGUCAAAUAAACUUAAGAGACUAAAUCUCAAGUUAAAAUGCAGGUUUUGCCAUUGGUUUUUUAUAAUUGCUCUGCAAACUGUGAAAGUUGCUUAAAUUAGAAUAUUUGUAAGAUUUGUAGUGAAGGAUUCGUCCUGAUUAAUGAUAAAUGCUAAAAGCCUAGUGUAUUUGAUAAUCCAUAUAUUGCACCUAUUAUUGGUGGAGUUGGAGUCGCUAUUGCAGCCCUUGGUGGUAUCUUCAAUUUCGGAGGCUUCUUUAAAUCAGCUUCAAUACAAAUCCCUUCAAAUGCUGGAUAGCAUUAAAAAUAGGAUUGA